UAAACGUUAAGGAAAAUUCGAGAGAGAGAGAGAGAGAGAAUGGCGGACUAUCACUUUGUGUACAAGGACGUGGAAGGAGCAUCGACGCAGUGGGAUGACAUACAGAGAAAGCUAGGGAACCUACCAUCGAAACCACCGGCGUUCAAGCCAGCACCUUUCACUCCGGCCAGUGAUCAAGCCUCUCUUCCUAAAGACAAAUCCUGGAUCGAUGAAAAGACCGAGCAGGACCUCGAAGACCUCGAAGACAAUCCCGAUCUGGACGACGAUCGCUUCCUCGAAGAAUAUAGGAAGAAGAGGCUGGCUGAGUUGAGAGAAACAGCUAAGGUAGCGAGGUUUGGAUCGGUUGUGCCGAUUUCGGGAUCAGAUUUCGUGCGAGAGGUUUCGCAAGCUCCGGCUGAUGUUUGGGUGGUUGUGAUUCUGUACAAAGAAGGAAUUGCGGAAUGUGGGGUGCUGAUGCAAUGCUUGGAAGAUUUGGCUUCGAAAUACCCAGCUACCAAAUUUGUGAAGAUAAUAUCCACCGACUGCAUCCUAAAUUACCCAGAUCGUAACGUUCCCACUGUUUUGGUGUACAACAGUGGUGCUGUCAAAGCAAAUCACGUCGGCUUGCGAAGCUUUGGCCGGAGAUGCACACCUGAAGGUGUGGCAUUAGUUCUCUGCCAAUCAGAUCCUGUGCUGAACGAUGGGCAGAGUGGAAAUGGCCGGGCAAGGAAAGCUGUGAUCGACGGGGUUCGCAAGAGGUUUAUAGAAAAAGUUGUGACUGAGCAUGAAAAUGAUAACGAUGGAUCUUCAAGUGAUUAGACUUUAUAUUUGGUUUCUUCUGUAAGAGUUUGAGUUCAGAUGAAUCAAAUGACUCUUGUUUGUGCGUCUUUCCAGUUCUUGCACGACUUUUUUGCUUUUCCCAUUGUUUUUGUGAAAUAUUAUGAUUCUCA